AACUAAAGUAUUAUGAAAAAGAUUUAACAGAAGAAAAAUUACAAACAUGUGCUAAUAUGAUGACAGCUUCGAUUGAUCUAUCUUUAGAAACAGAUAUAUUUAACACAAAUAACAUAUUUGAUACUUCUGAAACAAAACUUAACAUUGAAGAUAUAGCAGAUCUUACAUUACUUUUGUUUAAUUUUAAUAACACAGAAUUAUAUUAUAAAAAUUUGAAACUACAAUCUAAACUAGUAUUAAGCAAAAGUUAUAGAAAUAUAGACUUCAAAAUAUUGAAUAUUGUUGACAAAGUCUUAGGGAUUGAAACUGAUAAUAAUUAG